AUGAUUAAUUCAUAUUACAAAUAUUGCCUUGAAAAUUUUGUUUUGCCACAGAUUAUUCAAAUCGAUUUACAAAACGAUCAACAGCAAUCUUUAGAUCUAAUAGGGCCAAUUUGUGCUGUUAAUCAAGCUGUACAAAAAUAUGAGUUGAUGUCAGAUAUUGAACGGCAACGUAUAUUAAUUUAUACUGAAAUAUCAGAAUCGAUCGAACAAUGCCCUAUAAAUCCAACUUCAGUAUUAAACACAACAACUGAUUCUUCCAAUAUUUUAUUAAGUUGUUGUUUUGCUGAUAAUAUCCUGUCACGCCACCUUACCAAUCGUUUGAUUGAGGAAGGCUAUCAAGUAUCACUUGACUAUUCUGAUAAGACAUCGUCAAGUAUCGUCUCAAAAAUCAAGAAAACAGAUAUAAUUGUUGUUUGCUUUAGUUCUAAUUAUUCAGAAAAUGCUAAUUGUACGAAAGCACUACAUGCAAUAAAAUCGUCCGAAAAGAAAUAUAUACCGAUUAUGUUAACGCGAAGUUCAUUGAAUCAAGAAGAGAAUUGGCUUCAAGUAAUGAACACCGAAGAGUUAUAUUAUGAAUCAUUUAAUGAAGAAAUAAAAUUCAAGUUAAACGAAGAUUUAGCCUUAGACUACGAUAAAUUAUUGAUUGAAUUACUACAUUAUGCAAAACCUUGUGCAGUUGGUGCAAUUUACAUAAUAUCUAAUAAAAACAUUUUAAACAAUGAGAAGCAAAAAGAAAAACAUGAUCAGUCAAAUAUAGUCACAACAAUUACGCCAGAACAAAGUCAAGAACAAGAACAAAUUUAUCAAAAACGUAUUGAACAAAUUUUAGAGCGAGAUCAAAUUUCACCAGAUGAAAUAGCAAACUUAAUGCAUUGUUUAAACAUGAUUCUUGAAGAUUGUGCAAACGGAAAAUGUUCAACUUCGUUAAACGAACAAGAACUAGGACAAUCUAUUAGAAAAUCUAGACGCAUAACAACGGAAAACGAAGAAAAAAUGCAACUUUAUCAGAAUGAUUUUGAACAGAAGCAAGACAAUGAUCAAAAUAAGCAUGAAGAAAGUGUGACAAAGAAUGUUUCAACUUAUUUCAGUGCUUUUCUAUCAAUUGUUCAACAUUGGUUAGAAAAAGCAUCAAAUGGUUCUGUCACUAAAGGCAAUUUACCACCGUUUAGUUUAACUGGCGAUUUUAAUGAUGCUAUAUUUCGAACAUCUUCGAAAGACAAAACUCCAUGGUGGGUAACAAGUGCGAGCCAAUAUGAUUUUAAUUGUUCAUCGCUUGAGUUUCCCUUAGUUUCACGGUUAAUGACUAGUUCGUUUUGUGAUGGCGAUGAAGCACAUAGUUAUUUCCGGAAUUUGAUCAAUAGAGACAUUCAAUUUCUAGAAUAUAAAGAAAAGCAACAUCAAAUGAAGUCUAAGCGAGAACAAAAAAAUCAAAAUAGUAUAUUUAGUAGUGGUCCACAUCAGUCGCAUUUCAACACAAACAUUAAAAAAGGUACUAUUGUCUGGGAUAUUAUUGAAGAUAAAGAAUUUCUACAAGAAUAUGAAAAAAGAAAAUCGGGAAAGCUAAUAAGAAAUCCAAAUAGACUCUCGAUUGGUUGGAACCGAUUGUUGGAUCGAUCAGUACAAUUAGUAGCAGACAUUAAAGAUGGUAAAAUUAACAUGGCAUCGAACGAGGUACAAGGCAAAAUUGGCAAAGCACUCAAAACAAUGAAAGAAAUCAGAAAACUUAAUGUGUUAGAUGAUGUAAAUAAUGAACUUUGGAGAAAAAAACGUUUUCCUCUUUGGCGACAACAAUUUAUUGAAAUGAAAAUAUCCAAUACGAUUCAAUGGCAAGAAUUCUGUGCAGCACAAGAAAAUCAGUAA